AUGGCUUCAAUUGCUGCAAAUAUUGGUAAAGUCUCCAAGAAUUCAACUAGGCUCAAUUACGGCAGAUUUGCCAAAGUAUUUUUAGGGGUUGCUGGUUCAACCGCAAUUGCUACGUAUUUCUACAACAGCAACAACAACAACAACAACAAGAAUGGCAAUUCUUCUUCUAACAAGACAUUGAUGUCUUUGUUUGGUGGUACUGUUCCAAACAUGAAAUUGGCCAAGGUUCCAGAUGGAAAGACUCAAGAAGACUACCAAAAAGUCUACAAUGCUAUCGCUACUAAGAUAAGCGAAAAUUUGGAAUUUGAUCACAACGAUGGGUUCUACGGGGUUUUGGUUAGAUUAGCUUGGCACAAUUCUGGAACUUAUGACAAGUCCGACAACACUGGUGGUUCUUACGGGGGUACUAUGAUUUUCUCCCCAGAAGAGUUUGACCCUGAAAAUGCUGGUUUACAAAUUGGUCGUGCAUUCUUAGAGGAGUUUUUGGUUAGGUACCCAUGGAUUUCACGAGGCGACUUGUGGACCUUGGGUGGCGUUUGCGCCGUCCAAGAGUCUGGAGGUCCCUCCAUCAGUUGGAGUCCAGGAAGGGUGGAUCAAACGACCAACGUCCCACCCAAUGGUCGUCUUCCAGAUGCCUCUAAGGAUGCAGAAUAUGUCCGAAAGAUUUUUGACCGCCAGGGUUUCAACGAUAGGGAAAUCGUAGCUCUUCUUGGGGCACACGUCCUUGGCCGUUGUCACCGCCACUUCUCUGGUUAUGAUGGUGCAUGGGGUCCCUCUUUUAAUGCUUUUACUAACACCUUUUAUACCAUGUUGUUGGGUGAUUGGCAUGUUAAGAAAUGGGAUGGUAAGAAACAGUAUGAAGAUGAUGAAACCAACGAAUUUAUGAUGUUGCCAACUGAUAUGGCUUUGAAGGAAGAUUCCAACUUUUUGAAGUAUGUCAAGAUGUAUGCUGAGGAUCAAGAUUUAUUCUUUGAAGACUUUGCCAAGGCUUUCUCUAAAUUGCUUUCUAAUGGUAUUCAAUAUCCUGCUGGUACCAAACCAAUGAUCUUCAAGACAUUGGAUGAACAAGAUGAAUCUUAA